AUGUCCUUGAGAACAGCAGGAAGUGUGUUGGUGGUCUUUCUCUGGUCUGUAGCAGUGGUACUGGGUCAGUAUGGCUGGAGUGUGACUUACACCACUCAGAGUAUCUGUACCUUGAAAGGGUCAACAGUGGAGAUGUCCUGCUCUUACACAUAUCCCAGUGGUACAGUCACAACUACCUUCUGGUUCACAAAAAUAUAUGCUGAGGAGAAUUAUGUGAGUCUGAGUGAUGACCCAGACUACAAAGGACGUGUGACGUAUCAUAAGCAUGAAGAAAAUAGUCACACCCUGACAAUCACAGACCUGAGAGAGAGUGACUCAGCUACUUACAAAUUCAGAUUUACAGAUCAGACUGGAGGAUGGAAAUAUUUUGGCAAUCCUGGAGUCACUCUGUCUGUCACAGGUCUUCAGGUGAAGGUGACUGGUGGACAUCAGGAUAAGACACUGACCUGUAUCACCACCUGUACUCUGACUGACAACCCCACCUACAUCUGGUACAAGAACGGACAACAUCUAGAUGAGAGCACCUCCCCCCAGUACAAAGACCCAGUCUCCAGUAACUAUGAAGACAGCUACUCCUGUGCUGUAAAAGGCCAUGAGGAUCUCCGCUCUCCUGCAGUGUGUGUCCAGGGUCAGGACUGCAACAGAGUGACUUACACCAAGAGGACAAUCUUCGCCUUGAAGGGGUCAACAGUGGACAUAUCCUGUACUUAUUUUAGUCUUUAUAACAUCACCUCAUUACUCUGGUUUAGUCAUAAACACAGUGACAUCUGGAGGGAUGAGUUGAUCCCUGAGGACCUAACCACAGACCCAGGGUAUGCAGGUCGUGUGGAGUAUAUUGGAGGGAAGGAGAGAGGUCACUCCACCCUGAGAAUCACAGAUCUGAGAGAAGAGGACUCUGCUGAGUACAAGUUCAUAUUCACCACACAGACCUCAAGAUGGGGAUACAGCUUCCCUGGAACAACUCUGACUGUCACAGACCUGCAGGUGAAGGUGACUCCUGCCACAGAGGCAGGGAAGAGGACACUGACCUGUAUCACCACCUGUACUCUGACUGACAACCCCACCUACAUCUGGUACAAGAACGGACACAAAGUAAAGGAGGACACUUCCAGCCUGUACUCAGACUCCUUUAGUGAUGCAGACAGUUACUCCUGUGCUGUAAAAGGCCAUGAGGAUCUCCACUCUCCUGCAGUGUAUAAACCAAGGAGCACCUCAGUGUCAGUCAGUCCCUCUGGUGAAAUAGUGGAGGGCAGUUCAGUGACUCUGACCUGCAGCAGUGAUGCCAACCCACCUGUGGACAAAUACACCUGGUACAAGAAGAGCGUAACCUCACCAAAAGCAUCAGGACAGAGUUACAGCAUCACUAACAUCAGCUCUGAGGACAGAGGAGAAUAUUACUGUGAGGCCCAGAAUGAAGUUGGAGCCAAAAUAUCCAAGCUUGUUUAUGUAAAUGUUUUAUAUAAACCAAGGAGCACCUCAGUGUCAGUCAGUCCCUCUGGUGAAAUAGUGGAGGGCAGUUCAGUGACUCUGACCUGCAGCAGUGAUGCCAACCCCCCUGUGGACAAAUACACCUGGUACAAGAAGAAUGUAAACUCACCAAAAGCAUCAGGACAGAGUUACAGCAUCACUAACAUCAUCUCUGAGGACAGUGGAGAAUACUUCUGUGAGGCUGAGUAUAAAUAUGGACGUCUCAACUCUUCUUCUGUGUUUUUGGACGUUCAGUAUGGCCCAAAGAACACCUCAGUGUCAGCCAGUCCCUCUGGUGAAAUAGUGGAGGGCAGUUCAGUGACUCUGACCUGCAGCAGUGAUGCCAACCCACCUGUGGACAAAUACACCUGGUACAAGAAGAAUGUAACCUCACCAAAAGCAUCAGGACAGAGUUACAGCAUCACUAACAUCAUCUCUGAGGACAGAGGAGAAUAUUACUGUGAGGCCCAGAAUGGAAGAGGAUCUAUGAACUCUACAGCUCUGAUGAUCAUUGUAGCAGGGAAACAGACCUCAGUUGUGACUGCAGCUGUAGGAAUCAUGGUGGUUGUUCUGGUUCUCAUCCUCUGUCUCUCUGGACUCAUGUGGUUCAGGAAGAAGGUCUCCACAUCCACCUGCAACACAAGAGACACAGCAGAUGAUGGACAGGGAGACUCUAGUCCAGUGUAUGACAACAUCUCAGUCAUGGCCAUAACCUCUACUGCAGCACAGACAGCAGCCACAGACGACCAGGAUGAUGUUCACUACGCCAGCGUCCACUUCUCUCACUCCAAAAACCAGGAAGUGCCUCUGUACUCCACCGUCCAGCUGCAUCAACCACAGAAACAGGACCAAGAUGUCCAAUAUGCUGCUGUGACAUUCAACCUCCCCAGUGCUGCCACCCAGUGA